UAUCCCUCCCAGCGAACUCGACGUUUCAGUCUCCGCCCAACUUGCGGUUAAAUCGAUUGAUUCUCGUGUUCUUAUUUCAUAAACCCGGUAAGUUUUGACAUUUACGCCCUUUUGUUAUUUCCUAGCCAGUGGUCGCAUCGUCGCAAGGGUUUGCUUUUCGAACGACUCGUGUUAACAGAGUUUUGUGCCUCAGAUUCAAAAUGAAGCACCUCGCCGCUUACCUGCUCCUCGGCCUCGCCGGCAACGAGUCUCCCUCCGCUGCCGACAUCAAGGGCGUUCUGUCCGCCGUCGGCAUUGACGCCGAUGAGGACCGUCUCUCCAAGCUCAUCUCCGAGCUUGAGGGCAAGGACAUCAACGAGCUGAUCGCCCAGGGCUCCGAGAAGCUUGCUUCCGUUCCCUCCGGUGGUGCCGCUGGUGGCGCUGCUGCUGCCCCUGCCGCCGCCGCUGGUGGUGACGCUCCCGCCCAGGAGAAGGAGGAGGAGAAGGAGGAGUCCGAUGAUGACAUGGGCUUCGGUCUCUUCGACUAAGCGUAUCGUCUCGUACGAACCUCCAAAAGAAAAAUACGGUGAUUUAUGGGGGCACAGAGGUCUGGCGGUUGUUUUCAGUCUUGGGAGGAAAAUCGCUCAGGAAACUGGGCAAGCCUGCAUUUUCAGGCUGUUCUGAUGCAGUGACGAUUCUUGCAUACGGGAGCUGGAAAGAGCUUUUAGCUAAUACAGAUUAUCUGACCUCCAC